AUGCUGAAUGAAUCAUUAGAUAACAAUGUUAGUCAACAAACAACAUAUUCAUUGAACAGUUCCAUUGAAAUCAGAUUCGAUGUAAAUAAUGAAACAGAAAUUAAUAAUGAAGCAGAAAUUAAUAAUGAAACAGAAAUUAAUAAUGAAACAGAAAUUAAUAAUGAAUGUUUACGUGUUAAUGAAAACUUCUAUUUCAAUGAUACGAAUAAUAACAGUACUGCUGGUGGUGGUACACUUUCAUCAUCAAUAUCUUAUCGACAACAUUCAGAAUCAUCAAUAAUAAUUAAUGCUUCACCUGAUAAUCGUUUAAACACAUCUGAAAGCCAUAUAUCUACUAGUAUUCAAUCAAAUAGGUCCAUCAUCAGUUCAGAUUUUGACGAUUUUGUUAUAGAACUUCCAACAUCAUGGGAAUUCAAACUUCAGCCUGUUGAUCGUGUUAAAUUAUUGAAAAUACGCACUGAGAAAAUCAAUAAACGUCGAGCUCGACUCUUUGAAAAAAUGGGUGUAACUUUAGAAGAAAAAACAAUUCGUCCAAAAAAAAUCUUUUUAUCAAAACAAAGUACACCAAUGAACAAAAUUAUUGACAAUAGUUCUCAUGAUAUAGCUGUAGUUAAAUCAACAAAUGACAAAACAAACAAAUCAUCAAGAGUUAACGUGGAAUACUUUUAUAUUCUUCAUCCGUAUCUUAAACAAAUGAAUCCAUAUUGUGGACUAUGUGUUCGUAAUUGUACUUUUUGUGUUCAAUUAAAUGAAUUACAGCAAUUAUUACGUUGUGAUCUUCGAUGUUCUGGACGUCCUAUAUGUCCUUUCCGAUGUUCAGUUAUUAUUCGAAAUGAUGGAAGUGGUCAUAUUAUUGUUAGCAACAACAAUGUUCGGCACAAGCAAAAUAGUAAAAUAUGUCGUCCUAUUCGUACUCCACUUCGUUCAAUAAUCAAACAGCAAUUCAAUGUUGGUGCAUCAGUUUAUCGCAUGUACCAAAAUAGAUUACAAGCUCGAUCAAUUAAAGAACGACAAGGACGAAAUUAUGAUGCAACUGGAAAAAGUCGAGCUAUUUUGCAAAAGAUCAAGUCUGAAGCUGUCACUGAAUCAUUACUUUCACCAGAUGCUGAUGAUGGUUUACUUAAAUUGAAUGAACAAUAUCGAAAUGAAGUUAAUGCUGGUGGAAAGGUGCCAGGUGCUAUUCAAUUAAUUUGUAAAUACCCAUGUCAAGUUAUUGUAUUUUCGGAAUCAUCAAUCCGUCUCUAUGAUGCUCUUCUAAAACAUAAGAACGUUGUAGUUUCAUGGGAUGCUACUGGUUCAAUUAUUAAACAAAACAAUUCUUUACAGUUACUGUAUUAUGAAUUAAGUAUGACAUUACCAGGUGUAGUAACUCAAGAUAGUAUUAUUCCAAUUACAUUUAUGAUAAGCGAUGCUCAUGGCUUAGUGAACGUUUUACAUUGGAUGCAAUUGUUUCGACAUAGCUAUUCUAAAGUUUUUCCUGGGCAAGAUUUUCCACGGCCAAGUAUGGUUUUAAGUGACCGCGCUCAGGUUUUUUUAAUAGCUGCUUUGCAAAUAUGGAAUUCUGAAACAAUAAGCCAAUUUCUCCAUCGAGCUUAUCGUAUUGUUACAAAUGAAGCAAGUGAGGUCGAUUAUAAGCUAACAAAUAUUCAUGCCUGUUUAUCUCAUGUUUUAUUAAGUGUAAGGAAAAUCGUAAAUAAAUUACUUGAUGAAAAAAUUCGUAAUUUGGCGAUGUGGUGCAUUGCUCUUCUUAUCAAUACGUCUACCUGGAAAGAAAUGAUGCACAACUGGAAACUUAUAUGUUUUGUUCUUCUACAAAUGCAUAUUGGUGGUGAAACUAUGAAUGUAGAAUAUCAAGAUUCUUUACUUGACAAGAUUACUAAAAUUCGAGCUGAUCCAAAUAUUUGUGGUAUUAUGCAGUCAACUGAACCAGAAUCAUCUAAUUCAACAGCAAAUUAUGGUCAAUUUGAUUAUGAUGAUAUCGAUGAGGAUCAAGAACAAAAUGAACAAUUUUCCACGUACAUAUCUCAAACUACUCCAUCAAGAAAGAAAAACGACAAAAUUUUUAUUGAUGAAGAAGCAGAAACCAACUCAACAAAUUCACCUUUUAAAUCAAUUCUCAAUAAAAUUUUUGAUGAUUGCUUAAAGGAUAUUGGAAUUUCUAUCGAUGAAGCACGAAAACGUACUCACCAUGGCAUUUUAAGAUGGUUUAAAUACCUUACAACAUCAUUUUUACCAACCAUACCAAUUUGGUCUAAUCUUCUUAUUGGUGACCUUAGUCGCCAUCGCCAACGACUUGUUAGAUCAUUUGAAUAUCUAAUGACUCAAGAGCCAGAGCAACGAACCACGGCAAACAGCGAACGUCGUAUGGGUAUUUUAAAAAGAGCACAACUCGAAACACAAUUAAAACCAAUAGAAGAACAUUGGAGAAAAUCAAGUAAUCGAAGAAAUUCUGGACGUUAUACCAAGGCUCCAGAUGAUUUUAUUAUCACAGAAUUAAUGUCAUCACUUAUUGUACCAACAAACAAUGUAAAUGCUAAUCUUAUAUUACCGAUAGUUACUCCAAACUGGUUAAAUACUGCUAUAGGUAUGCUUCUUUCUACUCAAACUUAUGGAAUGUAUUAUAAUUGUCCUCCAAUAUUACCAACAAAUAUACCAAUUAUUCUUGAUUUGAUAAAAACUUUUCUUGAUGAUUGGUGCAAAUCAACUACACGAACUAAUCAAAUGUCAAAAGUUACAUUCAAUUUACCAAAUACUGAUCAACCUAAAGAACCAAAUGAACAAUCAAUGUAUAUACUUGAAAAUAUUCUUAUUCCACUUCUUCAUUGCAAUAUUAUUGGAUAUAAAGUAUACGUAUGUCAUUCAUGUAAAAGUGAAACAAAGAUACGAGUGAUUAUUACACAUAUUCCAAUAAAUGUUGGCAAAACUGGCCUGCACAUCGAACAUGAGCUACUCACAUUUUUCGGUCCUAUGACAUCGGAUGUAUUAUGUUCAGCAUGUGGCAAAUCAACUGUUCGGCAUAUAGAAGUUAUCCAAUGGCCACAGGUUCUUAUCAUCAAUAUAACUGAUCCAAAAGCAACUUUUCGAUACAGAAGACCUCCAGGUGUUAUCUCUGUAUCUGAAUUCUCUCAUUGGAUUGCUAUUGGUGCUCCAUCUUCCACAUUAUAUGAUUUAAUUACCUUUAACAGUGUUUUAGCUGUAGGUGAUAAAAAUGUUAUGAUACGAGUGACAAAAACCAAAAAAAAUUGGACUACCAGUGUUAAUAAAAAAAUAAUUGGUAAUGGAGAACAAUUACGUCGUUUAUAUGGAUCUAGUCGUAUUUUGAUAUUUGAACGAAUCUUUCACCAGACAAAAUUUAACAUGGUGUAUGUUAUUGCUCGAUGUUCAUUCGAUUCUUCAUCAUUAGAACUUCCUGAUGUACCAAUAUCUAUUACACUUCAAGAAGCAUGUCAAAUAAUUGAAACUAAUCCUGAUCUUAAUAAAUUAAAAGAAACUCUCAUAUCUGAUAUUUCUACUUACUUUUAUUGUCCUUCAUGCCGUCAAACACCAAAUUCACUCGUAUCAUUACAUCAUCAAAUUUUUAUUUUUAAACUUACCGUGAACAAUCAACUAGUUGCUAAUCCAGUCAUUUCGAAAGACGAUGAUGAUUUAAUAGAUGAUGAACAAUCUUGUACAAAUUGUAAAUAUUCCAUGAAAAAUAUUAAUUUACCAGUAUAUAAACAAAUCUUUCACCAAUGUCCUAUUGUAUUAUUGGUUCCAACAACAGCACCACCAUCAUCAAUGAAAAUACUCUCGAGAAAUAUAGUGAAUGGUAAUGAACAAAUUACCGUGCAGGAUGGUGAAAAAGUGUAUCUUGUUAAAUGUGGUCCAACAACAAAUAAAUGA